AUGUUAGAAAAAAAGUUUGCUGACAUUGACAAGAAAUUUGAGAAUGUUUUGAAGAAGAACAAGAGGAAGUUAGAAAAUGCUCAGAUAAAGCCUAUACAUGACAAGUUCUUAUUUGCUCAGAAUGGUAUAACAGGUCUAAUCGCACCGCCUGGGUCGGGUAAGACUUUCACUUAUCUUAAAAUGGCUGCACAACAACAAGAACUAGAUGAGAAGAACCCAUUCUAUGAGUUAGUUGUUAUUUGUAGUACUUCUGGUCAAUUCGAUCAAACCGUCAAUUC